AUGGUUGGCCCACCCCAACGGUUCGCCGGUAAUCCCGAUUGGCCCGCUAGGCUCACAGCGGGCUCUCGCGUCGGCUUCAAAAAUGUUUCCGGCACAGACUGUUACAAGAUCGUGACAUUUCAGAUGCUUCUUCACUGGCCAGGGUUGAUGAACUGGUUGGACUAUUAUGCAGACCAACAUCGCGAAUCUCAGGCGCCCUGUAAGAUGGGAGCAGGAGCAACGCCAUGCAAAUUAUGCAGUCUUCGCGAUCUGUAUGACAGCUACUGGUAUGGUUUUGGCAAUCGUGCAUUCAUCUUCAAGAUCCUCAUCGAGGAGAUCAACAAGGAUUGGAUAGUAGAGAACAAACGAGGACAGCAAGACGUGGCAGAGUAUUGGACUGAAGUGUAUAGGCAGUUUCGUUAUGACACGGUAGACAUCUUUAAAAAGGAUCUGGUUGCCCUCGUCCAGCCACUCACUGUCACACACAGAGAAUGUAAAGGGGGAGACGGAGCCUGUAAAGGUGAGUGGCUCCCGAAUGCACAUGUCAUGCUGCACCUUCAAUUUCCUCAACGCCUUCGCCUUGGGAAAGAGGCUGGGCCCCCGGAAGACAAGACGCCCGAGUUAAGGGAAUCCAUUCACCAGUUCUUUGCGCAGAGCGAUCUACCAGCUGGAACCAAGUGCAAGACAUGCCACAAUAUCCGAGUUGACCACGAAUACAUUGCUCAAGCACCGGAGUUUCUUGUCCUACAUCUCAACCGAGCUCAAUACAACUUGGAAAAGUUGGAGCCGGUCAAGGUCAACACUCCAAUUGUGUUCGCAGAAAUGUUAGAGCUCCCUGGCUCAUACUUUGACCCACGGAUCAUUGACCCUAAGGAGAACGUCUAUUAUGAGCUGACUACCGUGAUCAUGCACAAAGGUGAUACCAUCAACGUGGGCCAUUAUACUGUCUACGCCAAGGGACCUGGUGGCAAGUGGGUGCUGAUUGACGAUCAAACGAUCUUUCGGUGCAAAACCUUCGAUGAAUGGGCAAAGAAAGAACACAAUCAAUCAUGCGCCUACAUUUUUAGUUAUCGUCGGGUUGAGGUGGACAAGGAGACGCAGAAGAUUAUCGAUACAAAAAACCCCACGAAGGCGGCUAAGAUGAAAACCGUAGAUCAGGCCAUCCAGACUGAUGACCUCAACUCUGGAUUGGAGCUAGGGGAGAAGGAAGGGUUCCAAAGUUCCUUCGGACUGAAUUGGAUCCCCGUUAGUGGAGAUUCGGUAUACUUAAAGGGCCAACUUAAGACCAAUGAUAACAUGGAGGGGAUUGAAUUCCCAAAAGGAGUUGGUCAUUUGGAGUUGACUUGGAAGAACAAGAACGGGAAUAAAACCAAUCUUAUCACAUUAAAAGGCACGCUGACCAAUGGGAAUGCUCUGGAAGCCGCAGAGCCUGAAAAGGAAGGGAAAGGCUCCCGUGUUAAAGGGCACUUCAGCUCGGCUGAAAGGUCUGGAUCUGGCAGUGGUUCAAACAAAUCGGUCAAGUCCAAGGAGUCUGGCAAGAAACCUGGCGCGGGACCCAAAGGUGUUGUGAAAAGACGAAGUGCUGGAAAGGCCGCGUUGGAAGGACUCAAACGGGCCCUAGGACGGGGAGGUAAGGAAGAGAAGAAGGAGGGGAAGGAGAAGAAGAAGGGGAAGGAAGAGAAUCAAAAAAGGGGAAAGGGGAAUGAGAAAGAGAAGAAGAGAGAGAAGAAGAAGGGAUGA